AGAAGUAGGACAAAAAAUUAUAUCAGCAACAGCAAAAGUGGAAGAUACAUAAUUGAGUCGCAGAGCGGAAUUUCGAGUAUUUUAUACGAAAAAUAUCACUAUUUCUGUAGUAGAAAUUAGCAGGUAAAUUAGUGAUUACUGGAUUUUUAACAAAGUACGAUUUAAUAAUAUAUACGCAUGUUUUGUGGAGGACAGAAGUUCGGUUUUUGUGUUUAGAAAAAAAUAAGAAAAUUGGAAAAGAAAACUUGCUUUUGAAUAUUACUACAGUUUUUGUUGCCAAUAACCAAUCUCCGCCACCACCGCUAACACCAGCACCGCCUGAUAAUCGGUUAGACGUCGUCCACCAUCUUUUUGCACCGUGGCGGAUUUGCCCAUUUGAAAAGCUUAGUAUCAAUUUAACAGAUUGUCAGUCUUUUACUAGAGCGAUCGCAACUCUUCACGUGGCAGAGAGUGUCUCCUUAUAACACUAAAGCGAGAGUAGCGAUACAGCGAAUUUUGUGGAGCAUCGACAACGACGUGUAUAUUUGUGGAGAAAUAAUCCAGUUUUAUAACAACUAACUGCUAAAACCAGAUAUUGCACAACGCAACAACUCUUCCAAACGUUUGAGCCUGCUUUAUUGUAAAUAUUAUCAAACAGCAAAAGAGUAGCAAAAAACAAAGCAACAAAUAAUUCGUAGUAUACGAAUUUGCAAAAUUCUUUUUUGAAUUUUUUCUUUUAUUUUGGUUUGUUUGCUUUCGUUUGUAUCACAAUCGCAAUCAAUCAACAAAAACAAUUUGGAUUAUCUUCGUGUUGUGGGUGGCAGAGAUAUAGCAUACCGUACAUAAUACGUGUUAAAUAACAAAAAUUGGAAAAAAAAAAUCAACUUAAUCGAGUUUUAACUUUGUAUCCAAUAAUUUGGUUUAUAUCAUUGGAAGAGAUACUCUUUCUGAUUUUCGUGUGAAUCAUUUUGCGCACCCCAAGGAGGGGAGUUACUUAUUUUAUAUGACUUUUGAAAGAUUAAUUGAAACACCAGUAUUCAAAGGAGCACCACCAACUCCACCUCAACGGAGCAAGUUGGUUAGUUCGUGCAUGAAUUCACAUAGGCGAUACUUAAGUCAUAGGACUUCAAAAUUUUCCAGUAACAGACAUCGGAAGCUGCAACCUUUUAGAGAAACGUGAGCCAAUUCCACACCAUUAGGCACUACGUUUUCCAAUUUUUCCAAAAACUAUUUAUAAAACUAACAACUGCAGCAGCAAAUAUAUAGCACUAAAACAAAUAAAUGUAAAGAAGAAGAAAAAACUAAAAAAAAAAUAAAAUAAAAAUCUUUCAUAAGAUAAAAAAAAAAAUUAUCUACAAUUAUAUAUAUCAAACAAAAAAGCCCAAAAAUUCACUACCAAACCUGAAAUUGGAGUGAAAAUUGCAUAAAAAAGUUUCAAAAAACUGGAACAACGUAUAGCAGAACAGCAACAAAAAUAAUAUAGCAGAACAACAACAACAACAACAACAGCAAAACUGUCAAAACACACAACCGAGUGCGAUUUCCAAAUCGCGUACUGAGUAGUUUUGAUAUAAAAAUUCGAAGCAAAGCUCAAAAAAUUGUGGAAUAGAUCCGCAACAACAACCAAUAGCCGUCUUAAAGUAAAUAAAUAAAUUUAAAGCAAGAUUUGCACUAGAAUAGUGGCAACAACAGCAACCGUCGGCCAAGUUGUCCAUAAUACUAACAAAAUAAAGCGAAAAAGCAAAUACAAAGCGCCAAUUAAGGUGAAAACAAAAACGAACUUCAUGAAUUUAUCAAUAAAGAAGUACAAUAAAUCAAAAAAUAAAAUUUUAAGUCGUCCCCUAACGUCUUCGUCGGCAUCGUCUUGGAGGGCGUUUCGGUGUUACGAAGUCAAAGUCGAAGCAGGUGGAGCAGCAGCAGCAGCAGCAGCAGCAGCAGUAGCUACCAUAGGUUCAGCAGGUAAUUUACUGAUGUCCAGUGCCAUUACUUGGUCACCUUGUUGAGGUUUUGAGUGCUUGAAUGUCAAAAGCGUAAAUAAAGAGAGCCACAAACUCACACGUACAUACUCCGCCUUGUAGUAGUAAAUUGGCUCGAAAAGCAGUAGCAGCAGCAGCAGCAGCAGCAGCAGUGAACGCCGUUCGAAGAGAUUCGCCGUCGUACGCACACGAGCGUUGUCGCAAAUCGCGAAAGCAGAAAACAGAAAUCAGAAGCAAAAAGCAAUUAAUUUUCCAGCUAAAUCUGUAGCGUUGAUUCCUCACAAACUGUUUUUCAUUUUUCAUAUGAAAUCGACGGUGCAAGCGCAAGUGCAGCAGCAGUAGCAACAACAACAGCAACAACAGUAGUAAACGAAAAAUCCGAAAUCCUCAAUUCGCUAAAAUAAAAAAAAAAAUAUAAAUCAUUAUUGAAGUAUAAAAAAAAAAUAUAUAUCAAAAAUCAAUCACCGCAUCGCGAGCAAAAGCGAACGAAAACCGUCAAAAAACAACUUUUGUUUGUCGCGUCGUGUUCCAGUUGAAAAAUAAAGGAAUAUUGCCAAAAUUACGCACAACAAGCAGCGCGAUUUACUCUUAUUAUACACCGUAUACAUUUAUAUUCUUCUAUAUGCAAAAAAAAGCAACAAACACAAUAUUAACAAUCAAUUUUCAAUUAUCCGAAAAAGAACAUAAAAUUAAAAUAAUAUAAAAUUAACCAAAAAAAAAAAAAAUAUCUAAGCAAAGCAUUUGUAUACUCAUAUCCAAAGGAAAACCUUAAAACAGCAAAAAUAACAGAUAAAGAAAUCAACAACAAACAAUAUGGGUUCCGUCAAUGUAAAUCGUAAUGUCACCGACAUUUUCUAUCGCUAUAAAAUGCCACGCAUCCAAGCUAAGGUCGAGGGCAAAGGUAAUGGCAUUAAGACCGUCAUUGUGAAUAUGGCUGAAGUGGCGCGUGCCAUUGGACGCCCGGCCACCUAUCCGACCAAGUACUUUGGCUGUGAAUUGGGCGCGCAGACACAGUUUGAUUAUAAGAAUGAACGAUUCAUCGUAAAUGGUUCGCAUGAUGCCAGCAAAUUGCAGGAUCUACUGGACGGUUUCAUACGCAAAUACGUCUUGUGUCCCGAAUGCGAUAAUCCGGAAACUGAUUUAACCGUUUCGGCCAGGAAUCAAACAAUUUCGCAAGCAUGCAAAGCCUGCGGUUUUCACGGUCUCCUCAAAGUCAAUCACAAGGUGAACACGUUCAUUUUGAAAAAUCCUCCAACUGUCAAUCCGGCUGCACAAGGUUCCUCAUUGACCGAGGGCAAGCGUUCGAAACGUGGCCAAAAGAAGAAUGGUGAGAAUGGCGUGGAUGGUGAUAAGGGAGCAAGCAAUUCCGGCGGUGAGUCGGAUGGCGGCAGCGGCAAUCAGGCCAGUCAAACUGAGGCAGAAAUUAGCGCUGCCAUACCGGAGAAGAAUGGGGAUGACGAUGAUGAUGAUGCCAACUGGAGUGUUGAUGUGUCGAAGGAAGCCAUACGUGCACGUCUACAAGAUCUAACCGACGGCGCCAAAGGCAUGACAAUCUCUGAUGACUACGACAAAACCGAAAAGGAGCGUAUCGACAUCUUCUAUGAGUUGGUGAAGAAGAAGCGUAAUGCCGGUGAACUCGACUCUGUUGCCGUACACAAAGAAUUGAUGAUCGAAGCUGAACGUUUGGAUAUUGUGACCAAGGCCACACUCGUCUUGGCCGAAUUGCUCUUCUCCGAGAACAUCACCCAAGAGGUGCGUAAGAAUCGUAUACUCUUGCUUCGCUUCACACACAACAACCCGAAGGCACAACGUUAUCUCAUUGGCGGCUUGGAGCAGAUAAUCGCAUUGCAUUCAGCCAAAUUAAUGCCCAAAGUGGCAGGUAUCUUCAAACUUUUCUACGAUUCGGACAUACUCGAAGAGAAGGCCAUACUCGAAUGGUCGCAAAAGGUCAGCAAGAAAUACGUGGCCAAAGAAGUAGCAACUGAGAUACAUGAGAAAGCCAAACCGUUCAUACAAUGGCUUAAGGAGGCCGAAGAGGAGGAAUCCUCCGAGGAGGAUGAAAACGACUCGGAUGUGGAGAUCGAAUACAACGAUCGUGCACGUGUGGAGCCGUUGAAGGCGGCUGCUGUGGCCACUGCUACCGCCAAGAAGAUUGUCGACGACGAUGACGAGGGUGAAGAGAUUGACAUUGAUGACAUCUAAAGUGGGACUAUAAAAGAGAAAAGUAAACCAAAAGAAAUAAAUGUAUGCAUGCAGUAGAAGGCGGUGCGACGCUGCAGUUAAAAAGGCGAAAGUUUUGCUACGGAAUUUAGUUUAAAAAAAAAAAAAUUAAUUUUUUUCUUUAUAUAAUUUAUGUAAACCAUUAAUAGCUCCACUACCAGCUAUCGUUGAUGUGCUACAUUGCAUUGCGACCUCUCAUUCAAUUGACUUCAAAAUUUCUUUAUUUUCCUCUUUUUUUUCUUAAAUUUCUGCUUUCCAGUUCAAGUGACGCUUGCCUCACUCAGUCCAAGACCAGCGCACACCAACUGCUGCAUAAAUUUUUGUGUUUGCGCUUUUUGUCGAAUUGAAAUUUUUAUUUUUUGAUUUAUAACUUGUUUUAAAUUUAAGCCUUUUUCGCGUUAAUAAUAUUUUUACCUAAUUUUAAACGGCAGAUGAAAUGCAAGAAAAGAUGCGACUUCGUAUUUGCUUAGACACUUUGCUAAUUAUUUAUACAUACAUACAUACAUACAUACAUAUAAAAAAUGAACUUGAAGAAAAUUUUAAGAAAAAAAAAUAAUAAUGAUGCAUGCACACCUUGAAACAAAUGAUCAUAAAUAAGUAAAUGCAAACACAAUAUUUUUUAACGGUACUACAUAGAAUAUAGCAACUCCGUAUACACAUACAAACAUACAAUAUACAUACAUAUUUUUCCAAUAAUGUUCUGUCUCUACGCUUUCCACACGAUGGUAAUGAAUGCUUAGCGCGCUUACUUUUCCAAAAGAAUAAAAAAAAAA